AGGGCACUGACAUUUCACAUUAUGUAAUGUUAUACAAUAAUUUUCAGUUCACAUCUUACUGCACAGAACAGAAGAGGAAUAUGCAGUCGGAAGGUAUAGGCUUACUGGGGAGGUCUCAAUCGGUGCAGGAAACAUGCUGCGGACCGCGAAUUGUUUGGCAGGGCCUCACGAAAAAGGAACGCAGACUGUUCAUAUUUUUCAUAACAGUGACCAUUCUGUGUUUGACAGCAGCCGUGGCAAUAAGCAUUAUCCGAAUGACGCAGCUUGACCACAACAGUGCUAAGUUUACCUUUUGCAUUGUUAUAGUCAUAAAUGCCGUUUCCUGUAUGGUUUUUGCAAUUCUUGGGCCAAUUUUCCAACGCUCUUCGGAUUUCAUGAUAAUUAUACCUGCAUUUGGUACUGGAUUCAUAAUUGCUAUAAUUGAUGGGGUGGAUAAUUGGAAUAAGGACUCGAGUUUUACAAAGACGAGUAUUAUCUUGUUCUGCACGAGCAGUGUAAUUGCAAUACUAGUGGCGAUCUUCAAACUGGUCAGGUACAUGAUGUGCAACAGAAUGGCUAUGGUAUCAGCUGGUACGUCACCUCAUGCACAGAAGCUUCAUGUAUAUAAGAACUCAUUCCGGAGUGUCCUUCUGUACGAUGUUCAAAUAUCGUUCUCAGUGAUGGCUUUGCUGUGGCCGGAAGGACCACAUUUUGACCUUGGCGAUAGGAUUGUCAUCCUCCCCGCAGCAGCAGCUAGCAUUAUCAUGUGCAUUAUAGGGUAUAUAAUUGUCAAAAUAGAUGAGAGGCCAAAGUGUUAUAUUUGUUUAUGGUUCAUGUAUGGCGUUUUAUGGCUGGGAAAUUUGGGAUUUGGUUUAUUCAUGAUUACUGAAGCAUCAUUAGACAUGAGAAACAGGGGGAAAACGUUGGCACAAGAUGGAAUUUACAUUGUAGCUCUGGUUAUAUGUUCCGUGUCUAUCAUACUCAGAAUUGUCACCGCCGCUUUGUGUUACAAACUGUUGGUAGGCUGGAAAAGGCGGGAUACAAUUCAGUCUGACGAUGUCAUCUUGUAAACAAAGGAGGAGAAGAAGAAAAGAAAGCAUUCGAUACUCACCAAAUAUAACAUCUAUUUCUCUGUGUCAUAUGUAUAGUGAGAAACUCACCAAAUAUAACAUUUAUUUCUCUGUGUCAUAUGUAUAGUGAGAAACUCACCAAAUAGUACAUCUAUCUCUCUGUGUCAUAUGUAUAGUGAGAUAGUGACGUUUAUAUAAAUUUGUUUCUGUUAUAACUCUCUUUUCAUAUAUAAAAUGUUAAGCAGUGGAAAAAUAUUAAUAGUUCUUGGAAGGCAAAAUUAUGUCCAUAUAUUUUUAUUUCUAUAUCAAGUUGCAACAGUUAAGAAAUAUAAAAAGUACCCUUUAUCUGCGUUGUAAGUGAGGUGAGGUUUUUUUGUUUGUUUGUUUGUUUGUUUUGUUGUUGUUGUUUUUUUGUGCUGAUAUUUUUGUUUUAGUCCAUCAAAAUAGUCCUGAAGUUUUAAACCAUCAUUUCAUUUGUUCCUCCUUUCAUUCCAAAUAAUUUACUUAGUACAAAUGUGACAAAAUAUUCAUUUUAUAUCAAUGUUUGUACUGAAACCUUUAAGCUGAAAUAUGCCAUUUCAAGAGGCCCUGGUGACCCCUUUGUGUUUAUUUUCCAUAUCAAACUUUUAAAGUGAAAAAUCUUUAAAUAGUGGUUUAUAGAAAUAUAACGGUGGUUUAUAUAAAUAUAUAACAGUGAAAAAUAUCUUAAUAUGACUGGUACAUAUAGGAAAUUCUUAUAGCAUUAUAAAUUUCAUUAAAGACAUAGCUCUACAUAUAUAAUUAAGAAUGCGUCUACAAUACUUAAAUAUAAAAGUUAUACAUUGUAACGUUACGUCGUGUAAGUAAAAUUGAUACAGUUUGGUUAAAACUAUUUAAAAGGCCUGAAAUAAAGGAAUAUUUAUUUCGUUUGUGUAGUAUACUUUAAUUUCUCAUUUGAGGUUAUGCCUCUCAUGAAAAUAUUAUGCCUAGUCUUGAUUCAGUGGAUGGCACAAAUCUUACAAUGGAAUAAACAAAAAACCUCUGUAUAAAUCAUACUCAUGUUAAGUUAAGAUGUAUUGUUUAGAAACCUAUCAAAUUGCUUAAAAGUCCCAAAACAACAUGGGUGCGUUAUAUUAUGUUUCAGGCCAAGAGAAAAUAGGGAUAUAAGUGUAUCGUUAUUUUUUAUCAAAGCUACAAGGCAUUAAGGAGGCCAAAUAUAUGAAUGACAUUAAUAUGGUAUUAGAACAGAAUUAUUUGGUAGCUGAUAAAAUAAGUAAGGAAGGGCUUAAAGUUGUCCACCUGUCAACUGAUAGUAUUUCUGCAUUAUAGCAGUAUCAGAAAAAUGAUUUCUCAUGAAAGUUGGUCUUAAACAGUAUAAUUUAUAAAUUGAGUAUUGACUUUUUUGCAUAUUUAACUGUGUUGAAAUUUACAUACUUUAUAUUUUUGCAUACACCAAUGAAACAACAUAUUAAUAAG